GCGCCCGAGGGGCGGGACAGCGCGGCGGCCGCCCUAGCCGGCAACACUCGGCGGCCGCGGGCUGCAGGCGCGUCGGGCCGGGCCGGGCCGGGUCCGCACCGAGGUGGCCGCUGCCCGGCGCACGGAGCCCCGCGUGCGCGUGUGGACGCCAGGCUGUGAGCUCCCCUGAGGAGGCUGGGCUCCAUGGCUUCCUGGAGGAGCCCCAGGCGGCUGCUGGUGUGGGUGAUCUUCAUGCAUUCUGCUGUCCUGCAGAGUGCAACAGAGAAGUCACCUGGAGCCUACUUUCUUCCUGAGUUUGCACUGUCUCCUCAGGGAAGUUUCCUUGAAGAUACAACAGGGGAGCAGUUCCUCACAUAUCGCUAUGAUGACCAGACCUCAAGAAAUGCUCGCUCAGAGGAGGACAGAGAUGGCAACUGGGAUGCCUGGGGUGACUGGAGUGACUGCUCCCGGACCUGCGGGGGAGGUGCCUCCUAUUCUCUGCGGAGAUGCCUGACCGGAAGGAAUUGUGAAGGACAGAAUAUUCGAUACAAGACAUGCAGCCAUCACGAUUGUCCUCCAGAUGCAGAAGACUUCAGAGCCCAGCAGUGCUCAGCCUACAAUGACGUCCAGUAUCAGGGGCAUUAUUAUGAAUGGCUUCCACGGUAUAAUGAUCCCACUGCCCCGUGUGCACUCAAGUGCCAUGCACGAGGGCAGAACUUGGUAGUGGAACUGGCACCCAAAGUGCUAGAUGGAACUCGCUGCAAUGCGGACUCCCUGGACAUGUGCAUCAGUGGCGUCUGCCAGGCCGUGGGCUGCGACCGGCAGCUGGGCAGCGUGGCCAAAGAGGACAACUGCGGAGUGUGUGGCGGCGACGGCUCCACCUGCAGGCUGGUCCGGGGACAGUCGAAGUCGCAGGUUUCUCCGGAAAAAAAAGAAGAAAAUGUGAUUGCCGUUCCUCUGGGAAGUCGAAGUGUGAGAAUCACAGUGAAAGGACCUGCUCAUCUCUUUAUUGAAUCAAAAACACUUCAAGGAAGCAAAGGAGAACACAGUUUUAACAACCCGGGAGUCUUUGUUGUGGAAAAUACAACAGUUGAAUUUCAGAAGGGCUCAGAGAGGCAGACCUUUAAGAUUGCAGGACCGCUGAUGGCUGACUUCAUCUUCAAGACCAGGUACACAGUGGCCAAAGACAGCGUGGUCCAGUUCUUCUUUUACCAACCCAUCAGUCACCAGUGGAGACAAACUGACUUCUUUCCCUGCACUGUGACAUGUGGAGGAGGUUAUCAGCUUAAUUCUGCUGAAUGUGUGGAUAUCCGCUUGAAGAGGGUAGUGCCUGACCAUUAUUGUCAUUACUACCCUGAAAAUGUAAAACCCAAGCCCAAACUGAAGGAGUGUGGCAUGGACCCCUGCCCAUCGAGUGAUGGAUUUAAGGAGAUUAUGCCUUAUGAUCACUUCCAACCUCUCCCUCGCUGGGAACAUAACCCAUGGACCGCAUGUUCUGUGUCCUGUGGAGGAGGGAUCCAGAGGCGGAGCUUUGUGUGUGUGGAGGAGUCCAUGCAUGCCGAGAUCCUGCAGGUGGCGGAAUGGAAGUGUAUGUACGCACCUAAGCCCAAGGUCAUGCAAACUUGCAAUCUGUUCGAUUGUCCCAAGUGGGUCGCCAUGGAGUGGUCUCAGUGCACGGUGACUUGUGGCCGAGGGUUACGAUACCGCGUCGUCCUGUGCAUCAACCACCUUGGGGAGCACGUUGGGGGCUGCAAUCCACAGCUGAAGCUGCACAUCAAAGAGGAAUGUGUCAUUCCCACACCCUGUUACAAACCAAAAGAAAAAAGUCCAGUGGAAGCUAAAUUACCUUGGCUGAAACAAGCACAAGAACUAGAAGAGACCAGAAUAGCAACAGAAGAACCAACGUUCAUCCCUGAGCCCUGGUCAGCCUGCAGCUCCACGUGUGGCCCAGGUGUGCAGGUGCGCGCUGUGAGGUGCCGCGUGCUCCUGGCCUUCGCUCGCACUGAGGCCGAGCUCCCAGAGGACGAGUGCGAGGGCCCCCGGCCACCCACCGAGCGGCCCUGCCUGCGCCAGGCCUGUCCCGGGAGCCCUGAGCCCCGAGAGCCGGACAGCCGAGUCCCCCAGGAGGACAGCACGGGGACCUUCGCCUGGGAAUAUGCUGGCUUCACCCCCUGCACGGCCACCUGCCUGGGAGGACGUCAGGAGACCAUAGCAGUGUGCCUGCACAUCCAGACCCAGCAGACGGUCAACAACAGCUUGUGCGACGCAGUGCACCGGCCCCCAGCAAUGAGCCAGGCCUGUAACACAGAGCCCUGCCCGCCCAGGUGGCACGUGGGCUCCUGGGGGCCCUGCUCAGCUUCCUGCGGGGUUGGCAUCCAGACCCGGGAAGUGCACUGCCUGCACCCAGAGGAGUCCCCUGCGCCUCCAGAGAAGUGUGGAGACGGAAAACCCCACGCCUUACAGGCAUGCAACCAGUUCGACUGCCCUCCUGCCUGGCACAUUGAAGAGUGGCAGCAGUGUACCAGGACAUGUGGCGGCGGCACUCAGAACCGAAGAGUCACCUGUCGGCAGCUGUUAACAGAUGGCAGCUUUUUGAAUCUCCCUGAUGAACUGUGCCAAGGACCCCGGGCAUCCUCUCACAAGUCCUGUGCCAGGACAGACUGUCCUCCACAGUUGGUGGCAGGAGACUGGUCCAAGUGCUCGGUCAGCUGUGGUGUCGGGCUCCAGAGAAGGAAGCAGGUGUGUCAGCGGCUGACAGCCAAAGGCCGGCGCGUCACCCUCAGCGAGGCCAUGUGCAGGGACCUCCCCCCGCUGCCUCUCAUCAGACCCUGCCAGGCGCCCGUGUGUAGUGAAAUGAAAGAAGACACAAGGACAAAAGCUGCGGAACCAGGACCUCAGAUUCUCAGUGUGCAGAGAGUCUACAUUCAGACCAGGGUGGAGAAGCGGAUCAACCUAACCAUCGGUAGCAGGGCCUACUUGCUUCCCAAUACCUCUGUGAUCAUUAAAUGUCCAGUGCGACGCUUCCAGAGAUCUCUGAUCCGCUGGGAGAAGGACAAUCAGUGUCUGCAGAACUCUAAACGACUCAGCAUCACUAAGUCGGGCUCGCUGAAAAUCCACAGCCUCGCAGCCCCUGACAUAGGUGUGUAUCGGUGCAUUGCAGGCUCUACACAGGACACAGUUGUCCUCAAGCUCAUUGGGACAGACAACAGGCUCAUCGCACACCCAGCCCUCAGACAACAUGGGAAGGAGCCGCCUGGAACGGACCACCCUGAGGCCAAUAGCUUGGGAGCCACUUGGCAUAAAAUGAGGCAGAUGUGGAGUAACAAAAAUGAGCUUUCCCUGCCUGAUGGUCAAUUUAAUAACCAGCCUUUCUUGAGAGCUCUGUUUGGCCACUGCAGCAAUCCGGCAGGUAGCGCUAACUCCUGGGAGUUGAAGAAUAAGCAGUUUGAAGCAGCCAUCAAGCAGGGUGCUUACAGCAUGGAUACAGUCCAGUUUGAGGAGCUGAUGAGAAGCAUGAGCCAGCUCAUGGAGGCCGGGAAGGUGAGCGAAGAGCUCGCCUCCCAGGUGAUUUAUCAGCUGGUGGCUGAGUUGGCACUGGCGAAGGUGCAGCCAACACCCCCGCAGUGGAGGGGUGUCCAGGAGGAGCCGCUGCCCUCCGCUCCACUCAGAGGCCAGACAGGGAGUGUGCCCCAAAGCAAGAGUGCAAAAGGUGCAGGCCGGCUGACAUUUAAGCCCAAAGGACCUGUUAUCCUGAGGCGAAGCCAGCCCCCUUCCGUUUCAUUCAAUAAGACAAUCAAUGCAAGGAUUGGAAACACGAUAUACAUUACAAAAAGAACAGAGGUCAUUGAUAUCCACUGUGACCUUGUCACUCCCAGCGAGGUCACAUACACAUGGACCAAGGAUGGAGCAUUGUUACAGCCUUCAGUAAAGAUAAGUUUGGAUGGAACUGGAAGAAUACAGAUAAGGAACCCAACAAGGAAAGAACAAGGAGUAUAUGAAUGUUCUGUAGCCAAUCAUUUCGGUUCGGAUGUGGAAAGUUCUUCUGUGCUGUAUGCAGAGGCACCUGUCAUCUUGUCUGUUGAAAGAAAUAUCACCAAACCAGAGCACAACCAUCUGUCUGUCGUGGUGGGAGGCAUUGUAGAGGCAGCCGUUGGAGCAAAUGUGACAAUCCGGUGUCCUGUCAAAGGGGCUGGAGGCUUUUGGCUUUGGGAUAAUGUGCAAUAAUUCUGAAGGGCCUACAGAUGAGAUUCCAGAAGACAGUACCCUGCAGUCUCAUGGAAUGUUACAGAGCUGCCCAGUCUUCAGUGAGGCUGAAGCCCAGGCAACCAGGGCUGAAAAGUCAGGGCUGAGCACACCUGAAAGAGUGCACACCCUCUUUCACAUCAGAAGAAAUAUUUUAAGAGACUUUGUGGAAGGAAUUCUAAUUGUGGAGCUGGAGAAUGGAUGCUGAAUGAUUUCUAAAUUCUCAAAUAAAGUUGCUGGGGAACCAAUUAAGCCAAUCUGUUAAUACAAUUUUACUAGAAACAAGGAAGUUCUUAAAUAACCAUUUUAUAGUUCUCUUGAUUUCUAUAAAUGGGAAAAGCCAUAAUCUUGUAUCUGGAGACUGUUCUGGAUAUGGCAUUAUUGAUGGAUAAUUCUUCAUAUCCAAAAAGUUUAUGUAAUAUAUUGUCAAAAUUUUUGGACCAUCUUUGAUUCAAAAUAGGAACCAUCCUUAUGAAGUUUUCUCUACUGGACAGACUGGCUUGACAAUUAAGAAAAUACAGUCUUUAUUCUAGAAGCUUUAAGAUAUUUUCUCUGACACUCAAACCAUGAAUUCUUUCAUUUAUUUGUUUUAUUUAAGAGUGACAACUCCCUUUGUGGCUUGCCUACAUUUUUCCAUUUGCCUCUUGUCUUAUAUCCUGGCAACUUCAUUCCUUUGUGAUUCCCUGGAGGUAACUAAUGGUAGCUUAAAACUUCAUUUAUCAUUGUGGGGGAGGCGAUGCAGAAUAUCAUGUGAGUGGUGACUGGUUGGAGGAAGCAAGUGAGCGAAAACAUACAGGGAUAAUAGAUAUUUAUAUAAAGACCCUGCAUUUUGGAGAAGUCUGAAUCAGCCAAGGAUUUUAUAGUGUGGAAUAUUUCAUGGUCCUUUCAAGGAUGAAGGAAAUUUGUUUUUAAACACGGCCUAUUUUAAAGACACCCCAGAGGUGCAGACUUUUGCAACACAUGCUUCACAGCCCCUCCAGAUCUGAACUUUUUCCACAACAUUUGCCUUCCAAAAACGAUUUCAGCAUUGUGGAAACAGAACGUGGAAUAUUUCAGAGCUGUAAGUCUUGCGGGAAAUGGCCCGUCUUUGAGGUUACAUAAAUAAGUUUAAACUAUUUCUGACAUUUUAUAGCUGUUUCAGGAGAGCAAACAUUUGUAGUUUUGAGAAACCACGAAAAGCAGUAGUAUGAAGAAUCCUGUCUGAAUUUCCUCUCCCUCUUUGGUGCUUUGAAAAGGUUUACACAAGGAGCCACGCUUCUCUGUGCGAGUCUUGGAGUCAGCUUCUUGUCUGAACCCUGAAGAGUUUUGCCUUUUCUUUCUUUUUCUUUUUUUUUUUGUCUUUUUCUUUUUUAUCUGUACCGGGAUCGAACUCAUGACCGCCUGCUUGGAAGGCAGGUGCUUAUGCCGCUGAGCUAAAUCUCCAGCCCCAGUUUUGCCUUUUCUUUAAAAAUUUUUAUCAGUACACUUUUGGGCUGCAUAAUGAUUAUAUUUGUGAGUAAUUGGGACAUGAACAUGACACAUCUUAAUUCUUUUUACAUUCCUUCCCUUACCCCUCCCUCCAUCCCUUCUCCUUUAGCAGCUAAAACUUUGCCCCAUUUUGUUUUAUUUUUCUGAAAUUCCUGGCAUAGUGGAUUACAACUAACUGCAAACUUGACAUCACGGCCUUGCAAUAGUAAGUCUUCUUCAAGAGUGACUGACUCUGACCCUGGUCAGCUGCACAGUGCGGACAUUGCCUAGAAUUCUAGGACUGAUUUCUGAUGUUCCAGGGCUUUUCCAGGCCUGGACCCUCUUCUCUAGCUUCUGUAUUCAGCUCUCCUUCUCUCCUUGUUCUCCAUCAACCAGGAUGCAGAACCUGACUUUUUGACUGUUUUUCACUCAUUGUAAGGAAUACCAAGCAUUUGGCGUAUUUAUUAAUUGAGGCUAAAAGUUCAAGGGUCAUACUAAAGGUGCCCCAUCACCUGGCCCUGCCCACUCCCCGGCCACCUUCUUCCUCCUCUCUAGUCUCUUGGGUCGCAAUAGCAACUCUAAAUCUUUCUCUCCCUGCUAUGCAGGCUCUUGCCUACAAAGGCAGAAGUCCAAACCUUCCAAGAUGUUCUGAAGCAAAAGGUUUCACCCUCCUUCAUAAACAACUAGUGUUAUAUGGUGUGCAACAACUUCCCUGACCUUGGUCUGUUCCAGUCAAUUAACUUUUAUAGGCCUCCUGUUUGCUAGGCACUGCUGGGGCUCCAGAAGUGAUUUUGGCUGGUCUUGCCAAGGUCUUUGUGCUAGGUCAGAGCUCCUUAGGUGGCAUCUCACUUGACGGCUGAAGAAGGACGAAGGUUUCUGGCAGGCGUCUCACUCACUCUUAAUCUCCUGAAAGCCUAGCGGUGGGAGCUGGUGUUCACAUUCCAGCAGAGCUUGAUCUCAGAACCUAAGAGUGAAGACACACAGCGGCCACAAAAUCCUUGCUGGAUGUAUGAAGUUUUCCUUAUUUAAAUGUGAGGGGUUUGCAGGAGUCAGGACUUAGAGGAGGAUACACCUCAUCUUCAUUAUAUAGUGAUGCAAGAAAAGACAUGGAGGACAUAAAGUGACUAAAAAGCGGUCUCAGAGACCAACCUCUUGCUCCCCAACUGCUGGAAUCCAGGUGAACUGUUUGGGAAGACACAGAGACUGGCAGGCACAUCAACCACACAGUAGGGCCCCAGCCAGGGUACACAGGAUGGACAGGUGAGCCUAGCAGUGUGAAAUUAUCAGAAGCAACUGUAACAAUACAAGCCAACAGGUGUAAGUUAGGUGAACCAGAGUUGUGCUUGGGAACAAAGACAUACAGAAUAGAAGUAGGUAGAGGGGCUUCCCCUUUUCUUUCUUUUUUUUUUUUUUUUUUUUUUCUCUUUUCCAAAAUUCUGGGAGAACUCCAACCACAGAAAACUAAUUCCAUCUCCCAAAACCCAGAGACCAAGUUCAGAUAAUCCCUAGCUUACUCCUUUGUUCUUUCUUUUCUGCCUCUUCUCUAGUUUCCCGAAGUUUGUGUGACCAUCCUUUGCCCUCCAGCCUGGUUUUUACUUUCUUUUUUAUCUUUGUUUUAUUCAUUAUCUUUCUAAAAUUUCCCAACCACAGGGUAAAACCACUCUACCAAGGGGAAACACUUUGCGUACAAGCUCCCAACGUAUGAUCAUUCUGUAAUAUAUUUAUAGAUUUUGCUCCUAUGAUUAAAGAUGCAAAAUUAAUAGUUACCGCAGUUUGUCAGCUUCUAAAUUAUGCUUAAUGCCAUUGUUAUUGCUAAUUAUACUACUUUAACUAGUAUGUCAUAUCUGAUUUAAUCAGUUAGUCUCACUUCUGUAACAAUACUGGAAAGUCCUGGGGUAAUAACCUCACCAUUCCCCAGCACCAAAGGACUGGAAACUGAACCAAACAGAUACCAACAUCUGACUCUUAAGUAAUUAGAAAGGUAGGACCUUGGGAUGGACACAAACCAAGAAACUCUGACACCUAGCAAACAUGCCUGAAGCACGAACCUUACCUAGAGAAGCCUUUUUACUAGUGAUAAAACUACUUACUACAAAAACUUACAUGGAGCAACACAGAAAACAAUAAAAACUUUUGAAAAUGAAAAUAACAAGAUGCAGAAACAAAAUGCAACUUCAGACCUAUGGCCUACCCAGAACAAGUCCACGAGAUGAGAUAUAGGAAAAGGGAAGACAUACACCAAACAUUUCUGAAAUGAUACCAACAAAGGAAAGAAACAAAUUCAUGAGGCUAUAGAGGAAAGUAUAUCAAAAAUAAUCUCUCGGGUUAAAAAAGAAAGUCAAUAUUCAUAAAGGAAUUGCUCAGGAAAUCUAAAAUAGAGAUAAAAAAAGAUGAGGACAGGAAGAGGAUGGAAACCAUGAAUGAUCAAUAUAGGAAAAAAUUAAAUGCAUGAAAUAUAUUCAGAUAUCUAGGAAAUUUAAAAUUCCAUUUCAAGUUGGCAAAGCUGCUUAAAACUAAAGACAGACUUAGAUUUUGAAGAAAGAAUCAUGGCUAGUAAUCAUAAAAGGAAAGAUCUCUUGAAAAUAACAAAGAUCAGGAAAUAAUAAUUCAAUAGCUACAAGAUGACACACAUAAUAAUAGUUGGUGUCAAUGAAAAAGCAGGAAUUAACACGAAUACCAUAAAAAUAAACUAUUUGCAAAAGUAACAGUGGAAAAUUAUCCAUAACCAAAAUAAAUCUACAUCUGUGUAUAUAUAUAUAUAUAUAUAUAUAUAUAUAUAUAAAUCAAGAUCUCUGAAAUUCAGCACAAGCACAGAAUAAGUGUUACAGAAAAGAAACAGAUCGCCUAUAAAGAAAAGCCCAUUAGAAUCAUGGCAGAUUUCUCAACAUAAACCCACAAAUCAAGAAGAGCUUGGAGUGAAGCUCUUCACUUCCUGAAAGAAAGUCCUGAAAGAAAACAACUUCCAACCUAGACUGAUGUACACUGAAGAGCUAUAUUUCAAAAUUAAUGGAGAAAUAAGAUACUUUCAUGACAAAGAACAACUGAAGAAAUUUAUUAACUAAACCAACACUACGCAGGGUACUGAAAGAUAUUCUAGACAGAGAUAAAAUAACCACAAUUCCAAGAACAACAGAAAGAAAGUAACAAACAGGGCAAUUAAACAGAUGUGAAUUAAACAAUUAAACAGAGGUGAAAUAUAGGAAACCAACAGCAGGAAAAUAACAUGACAAAGAUAAACCAAUAGAUAUCAUUAUAACCAUCAAUGUAAAUGACUUCAAUUCACCAAACAAAAGAAACAGACUGACAGAAUGGAUCAAGAAACAAAAUCCAACAGUAUUCUGUGUACAAGAAGUGUAUUUAACUCAAAAAGAAAGUUAAAGGAUGAAAAAUGACAAUCCAUGCAACAGGAACCCAGAAAAAAGUAGGAGUAACUAUUCUGUUCACAGACAAUGUGAACUUCAAAGCAAGAAUGAUCAAAAGAGAUAAGAAAGGUCACUGCAUACGUGUUAGGGGAAAAAUUAGAGAGGAGUAGAAAACUAUCAUAAAUAUGUAUGCACCAAGUACAGGAACACCCAAGUAUAUAAGACAAAUAUUAAUAGAUGAGAUCAAAUGAGCAAUAACACAAUUGUAGUACAGGAACUUAAUACCCCACUGUCACAGAUAGAUCACCCAGAUGAAAGCAGUAAAAAAAAUCAGAAGUGAACCAAAUAUGUGAGCAAAUGAACUUAGUUUACACCCAGCAACAUAAGAGUAAGCAUUCUUCUUAGUAGCACAUGGGAUGUUCUCUAAAAUAGACCAUAUACUAUUCCAUAGGACAUGCUUAACUAAAUUGAAAAGAAUUGAGAUUAUCCCAUGUAUAUUAUCUAACCAUAGUGCAAUGUAAUUGGAAAUUAAUGACCCCAGUACCCCAAAAUUCCAUAAAAAUAUGGAAAUUAUAUAACACACUUCUGAGCAACCAAUGAGUCACAGUUAAAUUAAAGAACAAAUUCAACAAUUUAUACAAUUUUUUUAAAAUGUGGCUACGACAUUCCAUUGUGAACCUGUGAGACAUUAAGUAGUCCUAAGCAGGAAAUGUACAGCAGUGAAUUCUCACAGUAGGAAACCAGAACUAACACAAAUGAGUAACCUAGUGCUUCACCUCAAUUCUAGAAAAAGAAAAGCAAGUCAAGCCCAAAGCCCAUAGAAGACAGAAAAUUAUAAACAUCAGUGCAGGAAUUAAUGCAAUUGAGAUUAAGAAAACAAUACAAUAAAUUAAUGAAUCGAAAAGUUGGUUCUUUGAAAGAAUAAAAAAAAGAUAAAUUUUUAGCCAAUCUUAUAAAAAAAAGGAAGAAAAAACUCAAAUUCACACAAUGAAGAAUAAAAAGAGUGAAAUCCCUACAGAUCUUGUGGAAGGUCAAAAGAUCAUCAAUACCUACUUCAAAAAUCUUUAUUCUCAUGCAGUGGAAGACACAGAAGAAAUAUACAUAUUCCUAGAUAGGUAUGAAUUAUGAAAGCUGGAUCAAGGAAGUAUAAAAGUUCUGAAUAACUCAGUAUCUGUCAGUGAAAUUGAAAAUGUAAUUUAAAACUUACCAAAAAAGAAAAGUCCAUGCCCUGAUGCUUUUACUGCUGAAUUCUACAAGGAACUUAGGGAAGGCUUACUGCCAAUCCUCCUUAAACUCUUUAAUAAAAUUGAAAGGGAAGCAACUCUUUCUGGGAGGCAAAUAUUACCCUGAUACCAAAACCAGAGGAAGACUCAACCAAAAAUGAGAACCACUGGCCAGUCUCCCUAAUGAACAUAGAUACAAAAAUCUUCAAUAAGAUACCAGCAAACAAAAUGCAUCAAAUCAUCAAGAAGAUUAUACAUCUUGACCAAGUGGGCUUCAUCUCAGGAAUGCAAGGAUGGUUCAACAUAUUUAAAUCAAUAAGUAUAAAACACCAUAUCAACAGAGCCAAAGACAAAGCACACAUGAUCAUCUCAAAAGAUGCAGAAAAAGCUUUUGACAAUGUCUACCACUCAUUCAUGAUAAAAAUCCUACAGAAAAUCAGACUAGAUGGUCUUUAUCUCAAUGUAAUAAAAACCAUGUAUCACAGAUCAGCAACCAGUAUCAUACUAAAUGGACAAAAACUGAAAGCUUUCACUCUAAAAUCAGAAACAAGACAAGAAAGUUCACUAUCACCAGUCCUGUUCAAUAUAGUGCUGGAAACACUAGGGAAGAAAAUGAAAUAAAAGGAAUAAGAAUAGAAAAGGAAGAAGUUAAAUUAUCAUUAUUCACAGAUGACAGAUACUCUACAUAGAAGACUCCAAAAACUCCACAAAAAAAUUUCUAGAUUUAAUUACCAAAUUUGGUCACAAAGCUGGAUACAAAGUAAACUCUCAAAUAUCAAUAGCAUUACUGUACACACACAACACCCUCAAUGAUAGAAAAAUUAGAGAAACCAUACCCUUCACAGUAACAUCCAAAAAAAUGAAAUACUUAGAAUCAACCCAAGAAAGGAUGUAAAGGAUCUAUAUAUUGAAAAUUACAGUACUCUGAAAAAGCAGAUUGAAGAAGAUAUCAGAAAAUGGAAAGAUAUCCCUUGCUUAUGGAAAGAGCCAACAUUGUGAAAAUGGCCAUACUUCCAAAAUUGUUUUACAAACUUAAUCUGUAUAACAGAUUGCAAUCUCAUCCAAAA